CAACAGCUUCUGAAAGAGGAGAAAGGGGGAGGGGGAGGGGUCAGAGUUCCGGCUAUAAAGAGUGAUGUCAACAGUCAGAGACUACACUCUAACCACAGAACGCUCAAGGGAUUUGAACAUCAGUGGAGCACUGAUACCUUUAAGAAAAGGUAAGACAUCACCAUUCUUUUUGCUUCACAGCUUUGUAGUUUUGUAGUGGGAGGGAUGAAGGAAGAGCUUUACUCUGUGGACAUCAAAAGGACAUUCUAACAACAGAGGAUGUUGUAGCUGCAAAUAGGUUGAAUAAUUGACACUUCAACGCCUACACAGUUUUCAACUGGCUUUAAAACGGAAUUGAUGCUGACAUGAUAUUACCGCUGUAAUAUAGUUGAAAAUAAGUUGGUAAAUGCUUCAACUUGUAGCAAACCAUUUAUAUUUCGACAUUGGGACAACAGUUGCACUUCAAUGAACAUUACACACUCCUUAAUUAGGAGCCUCAAAUGUUAUAGUAUCAUAGAACAGGUAUUUCCUGUCUACCCUGUUAAUACCCAUGUCAGUCAGAUUUAGUAGGGGACAGUAAAAGGUAUUAAGUGAAUUACGUUGUAAGGAUUAUUUUUGUCACUCAGGUCAAUGAUAGAAAAGUAACAUAUCAUCCCUCCUGUAAUUGCAUUAAAAUGUACAACACUCAGGCAUAUAGCUACUCAAUGUAAUUAAUUGAUAUCUGAUACUGGAAAUGCCAGUGGGUUAAAUCCCUGGUAGCCUACUGGCAGUGUCUGCCAUUUGUAGGAGAAAUGUGCUACUAUUGCAUUGUGGAACAGAGCUCUCUGAUAAAGACAGCUGAAUGCUGACAAUCUAGUCGAGUCUUAACUUCUUAUAGACUACUGAAAUAUAGUCAACUACUACCUGUAAAUUAUACACUCUCUGUAACACUCUCCAAAUGCAACUCAAGAAGGCCGCUCUCAAUGUUCCUCAAUACCAUGGUGUCUGUGGAGGCUGCUGAGGGGAGGACGAAGCCAUGUGUUUGAUGUAUUUGAUACCAUUCCACUCAUUCCACUCCAGCCAUUACAACGAGCCUGUCCUCUCCAAUUAAGGUGCCAACAACCUCCUGUGCAUGGCGUAUCCAUUUGGGACACUUCUGGAAGCACUAUCCAGGAAUCCACUGCAAUUGAUUGAAUACCGUCCUUGUAUUGAGAUCAGGACCAUGGACAGCAACAUUGUUGAGGAUAGAAAGUGAUACCGUCCCAAAAUACAAACCAGAGAAAUGUUAAUAGUGGACUUAAAGUAGUUUUUUCGGUUCCACUAAAAUGAGAUCAUUCUUCUUCUUCUUUUUAUUCCUUCUAUGAGUAUUGAUACUGUUCUGAUCUCAUUUUAUUAUCUUCAUCUAUCCGCUGUAAAUGUUUCAGGAAAAUAAGACACCUUGUGACCUUGUGAAUGAUUUUGGGGGGGCUUGGUCAAUAUGUGUAAUCCACCAGGGAUGUAGGAUGUAACCCCUCCUUUUAGAUGGACUUUGAGCCGUGAGGAGAAUAGAGCAUUACAUGAGAAUGUGCUACCUUGUAAAUCCUGCCCAGGUACUUUUAGCUACUGUAAGGGUCUCUGUGACUCUGCAGUCUAUUGGAUGAGCGUUGUCAAUAGCAGCAGUACUUCGAAAAGCUAAUCCCCAGCCAAGAUUUGGCUCAGGACAACUAACAGUGAUGCUGUAAUCUCAUUCCACCAGAUUAUUCCCUAGUCCUCAACAUGGAUGGAGCAUCCUUUCAUCCAUAACUCAUUGGUGAAUCAGGGGUUAUGCCUGAUUGGGAUUGAGAUUCACUUUUUGUUGUCAUUUUCAUGAACUCACGCGUUUUGUUUUGUUUUCCACAGAAAUCUUCCUGAAAUUGCUGGAAGAUGUCUAAGUAAGCCCCCACCUGAUCUUCAAUUAGACUACAUGUUGAUAGCAUUGCAACAUUAUUGAACGUCAUACAUGGUCUAUUUUACUAUUACUACAUUACUAGUAAAACUUUGUUUUGUUUGUUUGGCUAAUGUAAUUGGCUGUUUGCAAGCACACCUUGCCCUAAAGAGCCUCUCAAUCAGUAGAGAGCCCAGAUGCAGAUGGAUCUAUUGAAUUAACCUGUUCUCCCACCCACUACAUCUAACUUUGACUAUCUCAGGUGUCACAGAGUAGAUGUCCUUAGAUGUACCUCCUCAUCUUCACUAUACUUGAGAAUAAUUCCACUUAGAGGUAGCAACAAUCCUCUAUUUUAUAUACACUCUUGGAAAAAAGGGUUACAAAAGGAUUCUUCAGCUGCCCCCAUAGGAGAACCCUUUUGGGUUCCAUGGAGAACCCUCAAAGGGUUAUCCUAUGGGGACAGCCGAAGAUCCCUUUUAGGUUCUAGAUAGCACCUUUUUUUCUAAGCGUGUCCCUAUCUCUUUCAUGUAGGCCUAUCUGCUAUAACCCUGCUUGAUGGCAUCCGUUAAAUGGAGCAGAAUAAAAAAAACGUCUCUAACAAAUACGUCAAGAAAUCCGUUUAAGUACUAAUUUGUCUUCCAAUCAACCUUUGUUUUUUCACUACUUGAAAUAAACCUUGGGUGUUUUAUCCUUUCAGAAUGUGCCACUUUGGUCACUAAAGUAAGACAGAGACAUUUUUUAAAUACUGCUGAGUUUGACCGUUUAGUUUGAUAUUUUCUCAGGGUAUACAAGAAAACCUCUGGGAAUGGCGCAGUAAGUGAAAACCUUUUCUGUCUCUCUAUUACUUGCCCCAUAGAAAUAAAGAGUGUCACCUAUUGGUGAUGAAUGUGAUGAGCUCCAGAAACAUUCUGUGUUUGACAAUAUUUUUUUCUUUCUAUCUUCAGCUUACCCUUUACCUGGGUAAGAGAGACUAUGUCGACCAUGUUCAGAAUGUGGACUCCAUCGGUAAGUCUUACUUUUAUACUUGGCAGUUAUGUAUCGUAGGUUUUAGACAUUUGUGUUGAAGGGAAAAUCUCUCAAAUCUCUACCCAUCGUUGUUACAGAGGGAGUGGUGAAAAUUGAUCCUGCAGACCUCGGAGGCAAGAAAGGUACAUUUUAUUUUACAAUACUAUUUUUUACAGAUAAGUUGCUAAUGUUAGUAGUUCUGCGGAAUGGCUCAUGUUUAUCCUGGUUUCUAGUCUUUGUGCAGCUGGCUUGUGCCUUCCGUUAUGGCCGUGAGGACCUGGAUGUCAUUGGACUUUCCUUCAGGAAAGACAUCUGGGUCAAGCACCUCCAGUUGUACCCUGCUGACCACAAACCCACCCUCACUCCCAUGCAUGACUGCCUUCUCAAGAAGGCAGGAGAGCAGGGCCAUGCCUUCACGUUCGACAUUCCCAUAAACCUUCCCUGCUCUGUCACACUCCAGCCAGGACCAGAUGAUGCUGGAAAGGUAGGCCCUUGCCUUGCUAAUAUUUUUUUUUUUUAGCCCAGAUAUAUUAAAUUCCAUGAUAUUUACAUUGGCCUUUUGUGUAUACCUAGGCUUGCGGCGUGGACUUUGAAGUCAAGACCUACAUUGCAGAUGUGGCAGACCCAGAAGAUAAACUUGACAAGAAGUGAGUAGCUGUCCAAAUCCUUGUCUUCUUUUAUUGAAAAACUUUACACACUAAGACAUGGAAAUUCUCUACCUGUAACAACAAUUGUUUCAACACACCCAGCGAAGAACAUAACAGAAUAAAAAAAGAGAAAAAAUAAAAGAAAAGGAACUGAGAAGAACGGGAAAAAACAAGGGGGCGCGCCAAAGAAGCGACGUAAAAGCAAAAUAGAAAAAGAAAGAACAAAACCCCAAAAAGGAAAAAAAAAGGGGGUGGUGGAAGGAAAAAGGAAAAUGACUAUUCAAGAAUUUUUAAUUGCGAAAGCGGGGAAAAAAAAAUUUAAAAAAUUUUUAAAACCCCCAUUCAAAAAAAAAUCCACCCACGAAAAGUUUCGUCGGGUACCCCCUUUUUAGCCUUCGACUUAGCAAAGGGGAUAGACUGGAGGGAAAAGCUCAUCGCUUUCUAUUGUUUAAAACCCUUGAAAUUUUUUUUAGAAAUUGCCGCUAAUGUCUGAAUCUUGUUAAAAUAAUUUUCAAAGCUGAAUAGAUCUAAGAGCUCAUGAUGUAAAACUUGUCCUCUUGCCUUCUUGAGUUACUUUUUUCUAUCUGCUAUCUCUCCCCCCUUCCAUUUUCUCCUUUCUCUCCUUCUUUCCCUUUUCCUUUCCCUUUUAGAACCGCCCUCUAUCGUCUAAAUCUUGCCCCAGGAUUCUAAAUGCCCUUUGCCCCUGGAAUGGCUUAUUCCCUUGUAUGACCCUUUUUAAGGGGGGACACGUAGGCUUGCGGCCGCGACCAUUAAAUUCUGACAGACCAGGUCAAACAGGAAAAGGAAGAUUAAAUGCCCCAAAAAAAAUAGGAGGAAUAGACAGGAAAAAGGCGGGGGACCAGAAAGAAGAAGGAAAGCAAGUAAAGCAACAAAGAAAGAGAAAGAAGAAGAAAGAAGGAGGAAGGAAGAAAAAGAGGAAAGGAAGGAAAAAAGGAAGCAGAAAAGACAGAUCACGAGAGAAGAACGAAAUCCAGAGAAGGAACAGAGGGAGAGAGAGAGAAGACGAGCGGUAGAGAGAAAGAGGAGAGAAUAAGCACUAAAUAAACGAAAGACAGAGAAGAAGAAAGACCGAAGAAGAAAGCUAAGAGGCAAGCGAAGCGCGAGAGAGACGCGUCCUCUACUCUCAGAUGACUCUCUCUUUUUCUCUCAGAGUCUCGCUCGCUCUCUCGUCUCGUCUCUCUCUUCCAUCUCUCUCUCUAUUCUCCUCUCCUAUCUCUCUCUCCCCUCUCUCUCUCUCGCUCUCUCUCUCGCUCUAUCUCUCGCUUCUCUCUUUGCUCUCCUACUCUCUCUCUCGCUCUCUCUCCUCUGUUAUCUCUCUCUCCCUCCCUCUCUCUCUCUCUCUCUCGCUCUCUCCCUCCUCUUUGCCACUUUUCCGUCCUUCCUUGUAGAGACACUGCCCGUCUAAUCGUCCGUAAGAUCCAGUUUGCCCCAGAUGCAACUGGUGCUACUGGGCCCAAGGCUGACAUCUGCAAGAGCUUCAUGAUGUCUGACAAGCCUGUCCACCUGGAGGCCUCUCUGGAAAAGGAGGUGAGUUAAACAGCGCAUAUACUGUAGCAACUGUAUUAGAAUACAUAAUAAAAAGGGGUUGUAAAAAUUAGAAUUGUUUUUCUUAUAUUGAUAUCAGAUCUAUUACCAUGGAGAUCCGAUCAAUGUCAACGUCAAAGUCAAGAAUGAAACCGCCAAAACAGUGACAAAAAUUAAAGUCACCGGUAAGUCUGACACCACUGACGCUGAAUGUUAGAACUAAAAUACUAUACUUGAGUUGGUAACAGUGGGCUCUUUCCUACAGUUGACCAGACUACAGACGUGGUGCUCUACUCCGCGGACAAAUACACCAAAACCGUACUUUGUCAAGAGUUUGGGUAAGUAGACAGAAACCCACCCUUUCCUCAUCAUCUUCUAAGAAGUGCUCUUCUCCUGAUCCACUAACAUCUCCAACCUUCUCUUACAGAGAGACAAUAGAUGCCAAUAGCACAUUCGAUAAAUCCCUUACCAUCACCCCCCUACUGGCCGACAACAAGGAGAAGCGUGGUCUGGCGCUGGACGGCAGACUGAAGGAUGAGGACACCAACCUGGCCUCCAACACUAUGUGAGUGGCAGUCUACAUCAUUACCACAUUCAAAUCUAGACUGGAACAACCUGAGUCCAUCUCUUUCUUCUACUUUCUCCUCAUCAGUAUCAGAGAUGGUAUGGAUAAGGAAGUGUUGGGAAUCUUGGUCUCCUACAAAAUCAAGGUCAACUUGAUGGUGUCUUCAGGAGGGUAAGUCUUAGAUUAAAUACGUGUUUGCUUGUAAGCCAAUGCCAUGUUUCACAUUGAAUUUUAGGAAAAUAUGAAAUGCUAAGCAGUUAUGUUCUUCACUCCCGUUUAGCUUAUUGGGGGGUCUCACAGCCAGUGACGUACAGGUGGAGCUCCCCCUGAUCCUCAUGAACCCCAAACCCCAAGGUAAACUAAUAGUUACCCAAUGAAUAAUAGGAUUUGCCAUGUCUAAUAAACUCUGUCAAAGUAUAACUGAUGUGGUGAGGGUGCAACGUCUCUCUCUACUCAUUCAAAGUUGCUAUUCAAUGUUACUAAUGUAAUCUUUAAACUCUUUUCCCCUUCUACCAUAAUGAACCCCGUUACAUGAGCAGAUGUGUGAGUAAAAAAUUAUAGAAUCUAAACAAAAAUGUAAUACGUAUUGGUAGCAUACGCUGCAGUCUUCAGCUUUAAUGAAACAUUAUGCACAUUUUGUAUUAUGCACAUUUUAAAGACAUUUUGAACUUACCUCAUGACCUUUGUUUCCUUUAUGAUCUGCAGAGGUCUCCCGGUGGGAGAGUGAAGGUGAGCUUCUAUCUAACAGAUUUAUAGACCCUAAUGUACAGUAGAUAUACCUUUGAUGUGAAGUGCCCGUUCAUUGGAGGGCUGUUGAACUAUGGUCUUUAUAAAGGGCAGGCCCUUACUAUCAGCAGCAUUGGAUAGCACUAGUAUAAAGGCACCCACAGUUGUAUUUCAAUGAAGUUCAAACAACUGUAGAUUAAUCAGAUGAUCCUGUGACUGAAUAGAAUGAUUCUAAUUAUGACAUUACUUUAGCACCAGAGUUCACUGCCUCAGUUCAUGUGCCAUCAUUCACUGUAGUCGUCUGUGACAGUCACCCAGCGGCCAUAUUUAUUGCAUGUGUUUUGUGAAUCCCCAGAAUGCAUGUUACCCUUGAGGCUGAGUAGAUUCCCCCAGCAGAAGAAAGAUGAGGAAUGAGGGACUGCAAAGUUGAAUGGAGCAAAGCUGUUGAUGGCUGUCCAGAUUGAAAGGAUGAUGACCAAACCAAAGAAGAAAAUGGAAUACCUCAUAGGAAAAACCAUCAAUAAAGAAUCUUGAUUUCUCUUACUAUUACAUGCAUUUUAGUGUUGUAUUUGAGUGGUUUUGUCAAUGUGAGCCUGUACUGUAAUGUAUGUAGAUAUCCAGCCAUCCGUAUGAGUCAUAGAAUUUCACUCGUAACUUAAUUAACCAUUCACUCUGACCUUCUCACAUAAAACCAUGGGGAGGUCAAUGAACACAUUCAGUAUAAAGGGGUUCAUUGGUUUGCGGAUAAAUCUCCCUUCUAAACUACUCCAACAAACAGGGAGUCCGGUUGUACUCAGUUUAUGAUUUUCAAAGAAUUGUGUUUUUCUGUGGUAUGUAUGUAUGUUUUUGACUGAUAAGUCAUUGAACCAAAUAAAAACACCACAUAUACUUCUAAGA